CACAGCGCUGGAGUGAUCAGUGCGCAAGUCACCUUAUAGUACAUUCGAUUAUUACGUGCUAAAUUAUAACCACUGCUCCAUAUCUGCAGGUUCCGAUCCACACCUCUGUCAUAUCCCAGUGGGACCUAGUGUGCGAACGACGUUGGAUAUUGAAAGCGAUGAUGGCAAGCUACAUGGGCAGCACGGUCGUCCUCAUGCCGUUCACGGGUAUAGCGGCCGACCGAAUCGGCCGGACUCCGGUGCUGGCCGUUGCGCUCUUUGGCCUGAUACUCGCCGGCACCACGGUCGCCUUCGCCACCACGCUGCUCAUGUUCGCCAUACUGCGAGUACUUGUCGCCGUUUCAUCCGCUGCCCUGCUCACGGUGUCCACGGUGCUCCUCUUCGAGGUGACCGACUCGUCGCGCCGCGUACUCUACAGCUCCGUCGCCAUCGCCGGCGGAGUCUCGGCCGCCAACGUGUACAGCGAGAUCACGUACGAGCUGGCCAGCGAAUGGGCACUCAUCCAAAUGCUCAGCAUGCUCCCCAGCGUGCUGCUCGUAGGCGCCGUGUACUUCAUCGAGGAGUCGCCGCCCUGGCUCCUGGCCACGCAUAGGCUCCGGCGGCUCUCCAAGGUGGUGACGUCGGCGGCCCAGACCAAUGGCGUCGACCUCGUGCACGUGGCCAAGCGGCUGGAAGGCCUCCGCAAGGAGGACAGGAGGUCCAGGUGCGACAGCACCAACGAAGCGGUCAACGAGGCACCGCCGCUCGAGGUGCUGACGAACCCGUUGUUUCGCUCCGAGACCCUGGUGGCCUUCGGCUGCUUGUUUCUGGUGAUGAGCCUCUUCCACGAGCUCCGAGGUAGCCGCGACGACCGAUCCGUCUACUACGCCCAGAUCGCGCUGGAAUGCCCCGCCGUGACGUUCAACGUGUUCUUGCUCGAACGCAAGGGACGACGCAUCGCCAGCGCCAUCUGCAUGAUCGCUCUCGGCUGCCUCGUGGCGGUGCUCGGCGCCUUCUGCUUCAUUUUGCCGGGUAAGGCCUGCUACACACACCUUAGCUUUAAAGGGACCCCCCACUGA